UAAGACUUCCGAGUUUAACCUUGGACAGGACGCUCACGCGAUGCACUACCAGCGUCUUGCUCUGCUUCCACAGCAGCUGCACAUCGUCAUACAAACAAGAUGCGCCUCAACUAGCUCGAGUCCCUUUCCUUUCCCCGCCCAUCCCCAUCCGACGCCUCACCAGAUAUUCCACUUGCCAUACAAUGCAUCUCAACAGGAUAUCAAGGCCAGGUACUAUGAACUUGUGCGACAUCACCAUCCAGAUUCGAUGUCUUGCCGUGAUCUUCCCUCAUCAGAUCGUCAAGCCCGUUUCCAGGCGAUAGCGCACGCAUAUGAUACCCUUCAAGGCAAGAACCCCCAGACAGGCACCCGAAGGGACUGGGGAGAGUAUGCAGACGAGUUGCAGCGGAGGAAGAGGAGAUGGGAACAGCAGCAGUCGGCAAGAUACAACUACGCUCACCCACCUAGAUAUAAGUGGGAGUCGAAUGCUGAUGACCGAUGGAAGGACAAUAUGAUAUUGACCAUUGGAGUCGUGUCCCUGGUGCUAGGUAUCGCUCCCAGUCUCUUGAUGCUGCCCUUUUCAUUACAGAAAACGCGCCAAAAGCAUCUCGAGGUCGCGUCCGACUAUUCCAAAGUACGAGCAGAAGCUAUGGAAGAAGGCGAGGAGCGAAGGCAGAACAUGAAGCACCAUGUCAAAGAGAUGAAGUUGCAGAGAGAUGCUAGAGACGGCCCAUCAGAUACACCCAAUGCAUAACGCAGCGAGUAUGUUUCAACGGUGAAUUCUGCUUCCAUUUUGAUUUAUUGCUUAUCAACGUUUUAUCGUUGAAAUAAUGUGAACUUAUAUUGAGGGCUUCACAGACGAGUCCUUCCUUUUAUUCUCGGGUCAUGUCGCAUAGCCAGUGGACGCUGAGCCCAGAUAGGCCAACGUGUAUUCCGAUAUCCUUUCCUAAUACAUAAUAAUUACUUUGACGUGGUUU